AUGCCGAGGUCUUUCCUGGUGAAGAGUAAGAAGGCGCACAGCUACCACCAGCCCCGCUCUCCGGACGAGGACUACAGCCUGCGCCUGGAGAGCAUCCCGGGAGAGACGGGUCUGUGCAGCUCCGGCCUCCGGGACCCGGAGCCCCUCCGGGGCCGCUCCUCCCCGGAAUCCCACCUGAGCGAGGCCGUCGAUGGCGCUUCCGACUCGGCUCCCAGCUGCGAGGGCAGCGUCUGCGACAGAGCGUCGGAGUUCGAGGACUUCUGGAGACCCCCGUCCCCAUCUGUCUCGCCAGCGUCUGAGCGUUCUGUCUGCCCCUCCCUGGAUGAGGCGCCCCCAUUCUCAGUGCCCUUCAAGCCAUAUGCAUGGAGCACCCUGGGCAGCUCUGAGCUGAGGCAUUUGGUGCAGAACUACAGGCCCUGCCCAACGUUGGAGCGUAGCUCAGCCCUGGGGCUCUUCUGUGAGCGGAGCUCGGAGUCUGCCCUCUUUGGUACAGACUGUGGCUCAGCCCUGAGACUUUAUAGUGACUUCAGCUCCCCUGGGCUGGGACUCUUCGAGCGGCCAUCAGCAGCAACACCUGGCCUCUAUGCAGAGGCCCAGCCUGGGCUGCAGCAGGAGAAAGGCCCAGGUGGGAUCAAGGUGGAGUCAGAGCUUCUGUGCCGCCCACUGCUGAUCAGCACUGGCUCCUACAAGUGCGUCAAGUGCAGCAAGGUCUUCUCCACCCCACAUGGCCUGGAGGUGCAUGUACGCCGCUCGCACAGCGGCACCAGACCCUUUGCCUGUGACAUGUGUGGCAAGACCUUCGGCCAUGCGGUCAGCCUGGAGCAGCACAAGACUGUGCACUCCCAGGAACGCAGCUUUGAUUGUAAGAUCUGCGGCAAGAGCUUUAAGAGAUCUUCCACCCUGUCCACCCACCUGCUCAUUCACUCGGACACCCGGCCCUACCCAUGUCAGUACUGUGGGAAACGGUUCCACCAGAAAUCUGACAUGAAGAAACACACUUUCAUUCACACAGGUGAGAAGCCCCACAAGUGCCAGGUGUGUGGGAAAGCCUUCAGCCAGAGCUCCAACCUCAUCACCCAUAGUCGUAAGCACACCGGCUUCAAGCCCUUUGGCUGCGAUCUAUGUGGCAAAGGCUUCCAGAGGAAGGUGGAUUUAAGGAGACAUCGGGAGACACAACACGGUCUGAAAUGA